AUGUCACUCCAUUUUUCUUCAAUGUCCUCCAUCCUGAGCAUGACUGAGAAGCAUGCAUUUCUAUUUCUAUGAUUGUUUUGAGCUUCUCUUAGUCAUGUCCCUCCACUUUUCCUCAAUGUUCUCCAUUUCGAGCAUGAUUGAGAUGCAUGACUUUCUAUUUCCAUGGCUGUGUUUUUCUUCCCCCCUUGGUUGAUGUCCCUUCAUUUUUCUUUAAUGUUCUCCCUUUUGAGCAUGACAAAGAAGCAUUAAUUUCUGUUUCCAUGGCUGUUUUUAGCUUUCCUUGGGUCAUGUCCCCUUAUUCUUCUCCAAUAGCCUCCAUUUCUUGUGCAGAACAGAAACCCUCUAAUGAGGGGGGGAAGGUAGGCCUAUAAAAAGCAGCAGCUGCAGGAGCAGCAGGGAGGCAAUUUAGAGGGCCGCCAUGCAACCACCUGAUAGGGAAGUCUUUCCAAAUUGAGAGCAGGCUCCUUUGGGGCUCCUAGGCCAGAAGCCCUUAGGAAGGGUGAAGGAGAAAAGGGAGGCAAAGAAGAAGAAAAAGAAGGAGAAAGAGAAGAAGAAAAGAUGGAUGUGGGAGCGGGGGAGUUUGAGGAAAAGCUGCCCAGGCUCCAGGAACUCAUUCUUGGCUGUGACUUUGUUGGACUUGACAUGGAAUUCACAGGUUUACAUUCAAGCUUACUAGAUAGACAGCUCAGUCUUUUUGAUUCCCCUGCUGAGUGGUAUCGAAAAGCCAGACAGAACGUACAACAGUUUGCCGUGAGUCAGCUUGGUUUGUCAAUAUUUUGCCAUGAAACAUCAAAUUCGUAUGUGGCCCAUUCAUAUAACUUUUUCCUCUUCCCCAUAACAUUCGGCCAAAUGGACUCUGAAUUUUCUUUCCAAGCAUCCAGCAUUCAGUUCUUGUCUCACUAUGGUUUUGACUAUAACAAGUUUCUUAAAGAUGGAAUUCCGUACAUGAAUGAAACACAGGAGAAAAGAUUUGAACAUCUUUUACCGGGUAGUUCAAUGGUCCAUAGUGGUUUUGGCAAGGACAAGCUGAAGAAGGUAAUUGAAGAAGUAACUUGCUGGGUAUCUUCAGCAGAAGAGAAAGAUUGCCUGGUUCUGCAUGAUCUAUAUGGAUUCCAGAUGUUUGAAAUACAACUGAUUUUAAGACAUGCUAUCAAGGAUAUUUGGACAAUCCCUUUAGAAGGACAUGAAGUUCUGGUAAAAAAGAUGGAUCCACGCCAGCGUUGGCUUCUGGAGAACACUUCCUAUGACUCUUGUCAAAAAGAGCAAAUUCUUCUCUGUGCAAGAGGCUUUACCAAUCUUUUCCAGACACUUGUUAAAGCAAAAAAGCCACUAGUGGGACACAAUAUGCUGAUGGAUCUUCUACAUCUACAUGAGAAAUUCUACAACCCCCUUCCUGAAAACUAUGAGGAGUUUAAAAAGAACAUGCACACCCUGUUUCCUGUUCUCUUGGACACCAAAAACAUUGCAAAAGCCACCUGGAAGAAAUUUCAAUUUCCUCAAGCUUCUACUCUUUUGGAAGUUUAUGAAGUGCUUUGCAGUGCCAUAAAUACAACAAACCAGUCUUGUCCAGAGAUCUUUCAUUCAAGGAACUGCCUCAGAUAUGCCACAAAGAAGUGUCCCCAUGAAGCAGCCUAUGAUGCAUUCCUCUGCGGAUCAGUUCUUCUUAAAAUUGCUCAUUUGAUCCUUUGCAACAUUUCUUGUGAUCAAACAAAGACUGCCCAGUCUUUUCCCCAGUACCUUGGUGUAUUGUCUCCAUAUGUGAAUCAGGUGAACCUUAUCCGAGGUGGUGUUCAGAAAAUUAAUUUUUCUGGCAUGGAUGACUCUACAAAACACCUCCCACUUCUAAUAGCUAAUGUGCAUGGAUGGCCAGGGGUGAAUGAAGAGCAGAUCCAUCAAGAGUUAAGAAUCUUCUGCAAUUUUGAUGUGCGGUGGCUAAGAAUGAACCAGUUUCUCUUGCUGUCAAAUAGAUUUAGAGAUGUCAGGGUGGUGUUGGAAGAAUAUAAAAAUCAUCCCAACCUACAGAUUUCCGUGUACCACCACUGGAGGCAUUCCCCACAGGUGAACUGCUUCCUCAAAAUUUGUGGCAUUGUGGCUUCUUGGUCUCUCCUGGCCUUCUUGCUUGGAGGCUGUUCCAACUGUGUUGUGAAAUAGACCAUCUAUAGGAAACAAGUUUUCUCCUUGCUGUUCUUGUCUUUCCCAAUCAUCCCUAUUAUAAGUAAUACUCAUGAUGAUUAAAAUAAUUUGGAUUUUUGUCAUAGUCUCAAACCUUUAUUUGUUUCCUAGGGUGGUAAGAGAAUAGGAAGGGUGAUAAUUAUCAAGCAGUGGAUAGGGAAAAUGGAGAAACAUCUCUCAAGCUUUUGCUUGAAGACACUCGGUAUCCAACCACCCCUGUUGCAUCUUUAUCAAUGUGGAAUG